AUGGAAAAAAUAUAUGUACUCGAAGUAACACCAUCAGCAAGUAUCACAUUCGAUUACCCAACUACACCCGAUGAGCAACCACACAGACACCAAGCUAAAUAUUUUCAAAUACCGGAAAGUCGUCUUGGUAAAAUCAGAAGUAUUUUGAGAGCAUGUUUUGGACACUUACGGUCCAAUUUAAAAUUGCUUUGGUUCUGGAUGGCACUUUUAGCAAUUCUAAAUAUAUGUGAAUUAUUGACAACAUUAUUGAAAACAUUGCCAUUCAACCAAAAACAAUUUAUAAAGAAACAUUUGGAUGUAAAUGGAAUCUAUACAGCCAUUAUCUAUACACUGUCAGUUUUAUUACCCGUAUUACCACUUUUUUGUAUUGCCACAGCUGACUGCUAUCUGGCGACAUCUAUCCCGGGUCUACAGAAAACGCUUGCUUAG